AACCAUGGUAAAUAAAAAAUAAACAAUGGCUUCUCUGCGUUUUCCAUUCUUGUUUUCUCAGCCCCACAAGACUCCGUCUUCAGCCACUUCAGAUGCUCCAUCUCGAUCCUUCUCCACCGUCGCUGUCGCCCUCGCGUCCGGCGGUUCAGCCCUCGCUGCCGCCGGAGCGAUCAUUGCCAUAACUCAAAGCCCCAAAAAUCCGUUUCUGGAAAAUGCUAUGAAUUUCCUACUUUCCAAUUUCUCACCUAACAAAAAUCAUUCAUCCCCUUUGUGGGGUUCUGUUUCUCUAGCAGAUAACUCAGCUCCGGUCACUGAAUCCAGGGCCGGAAUGGCAUUUCCGUCAAUUCUGAAAGAUACUCAGCGACUCCUUGGAAUUGGGCUGCGUAAAAAGGCGGUUUUUGGAUUGAAAAACAUUGAUGUCUAUGCUUAUGGUGUGUAUGCUGAUGAUGUUGAUGUAAAGAAGUGUCUGGCUGAGAAGCAUGGACGGCACUCUGUUUCUGAACUGCAGCAAAAGGAAGAGUUGAGAAAUCAUCUCAUGGAAAACGAUAUACGCAUGACUGUUAGGCUUCAAAUAGUCUAUGGCAGACUAAGCAUUAAUUCUGUGCGCAGUGCUUUCGAAGAAUCUGUUGGCAGCAGAUUACAUAAGUUUGGAGGAUAUGAUAACAAGGAAUUGCUCCAAAGGUUCACUUCCCAGUUUAAAGAUGAAAUUAAAUUACCUCGGGGAUCUAUCAUUGAACUCUCCAGAGAUCAUGACUACAUACUCCACACAACAAUUGAUGGAAAGGAAGUGGGAAGCAUACAAAGCAAACUCUUAUGCAGAUCAAUCCUAGACCUAUAUAUUGGCGAUGAGUCAUUUGAUCACAAAGCCAACGAAGAUGUCGAGUCGAACUUGGCUUCUCUACUUCACAAGUAGCUACUUCUUUAGCAUAAAGAGAAUUUUAUCAACACGAGGAAUUGAGUUGUGGUGAUAUUGGCUAGUUUCAACUGUUGCCCCCCCUCAGAAGUUCUACAUAACUCAUGUUAGGUUCUAUUGGUUGGAUGAUUCUCUUUAAAUAGUUGAAGUAGAGAUUUAAUCUCUUGCAAACUGAACUUAGAUCUAUGUUAUAUGCUGAUGAGUGGUUUUCUCUACUCCUGUAAUAUUUUGCUUUGAAAUUUUUAUAGCAUAAUUGGCUUGGUCACCAAAUUUGUUUUAUUUACCUC